CUGAAAAUGUCAUGUCCCAACAAUGUGACUUCUAACUCGUUUUUGAUGGACUCGUUGGCCGGUACCUGUAGAGGGGAGAAUUAUUCCUCCAGCCAAGGGAUGUACAUGCAGCCUGGGAGCGAUUUCAGCUGCGGAGUCAUGAGGAACUGUGGAAUUAUCCCGUCUCUUUCCAAAAGGGACGAGGUGAAUAGCGCUACCUUGUCUCUCAGCACCUAUCCAUCUUACCUUUCGCAGCUAGACACUUGGUGUGACCCCAAAAAUACGUACAGGAUCGAGCAACCUGUUGCAAGACAGCUCCCAUCCUGCUCCUUCCCCACCAAUGUCAAGGAAGAGAAUGUUUGCUGUAUGUAUAACGCUGACAAAAGGGCUAAAAAUGCCACUGAGGCAGCCCUCUACCCCAACCAAAUGCCUGAGUCUUGCCUAAAUGACCAUGAAGUCCCCGUUCCUAGCUACUACCGAGCAAGCCAAGGUUACCCCUCCAUGGAGAAGACGCCCAACUGCAGCAAUCCAAAUGAGUUUGAGGCAAGUUUUGAAGCCAGGGCGAGCCUGAACCCAAGGAGCGAGCAUCUGGAAGCAGCAGCACCGCCACCUCCUCCACCUCCGCCGCCGCCCCCGGUGGCCAAAGUGAGUUUCCCCGAAAACACAAAACCCGAUCACGCUCAGCACCCCUCCACGAACGAAAUUAAAACCGAAAAAAGCGCCCCGGCGCCCAAAACCGGUCCUUCGGAAGCCGAGAAAGACCUGCCUAAAAACACUGACACCAGCACUGACAAUUCUGACAAUGAAGCAAAAGAGGAUAUAAAGGCAGAAAACACUACAGGAAAUUGGCUGACAGCAAAGAGCGGAAGAAAGAAAAGGUGUCCUUACACCAAGCACCAGACGCUGGAGCUGGAGAAGGAAUUCUUGUUCAAUAUGUACUUGACCCGUGAGCGCCGCCUGGAGAUUAGUAAGAGCAUUAACCUGACAGACAGACAAGUCAAAAUCUGGUUUCAAAACCGCAGGAUGAAACUCAAGAAAAUGAACAGAGAGAACCGAAUCCGUGAACUGACUUCCAAUUUUAAUUUCACUUGA